CGGAACGUCCGAAAAUCGUGGGGAUCAGACGACUACACUGUCCAUACUCGACCUGCCGACCGAACUCUGCUAGCCACCCCACCGAGCGCGGCACGAGAAAGCCUAUACCGCCGAGUGUAGUACCGCUACUACAGUUGCACUACUACUACUACUACUACUACUACUACCGCUACAACGACGGCGCUGCAUAUUAUUAUAUAUAUAUGGUAUUACGAAACCGUUGUACUCGCCGCCGAAUGUCGAUAAAAGUGAUAUCGUCGGCCGAAUAAAACGUGUUUUCGCCGCAGCGUUAUCAAGAGUUUCCGCCGCCGACGCUUUAAUAACAAACUUAUAUAUUUACAUAAAUUAAUAUUUAUUAUUUUCAUUAUUAUUAAAUAUUUUAUUGCCACUAUUAUUAUUAUUAUUAUUAUUAUUAUUAUUGUUUUUACCGAGCAAGUUCGUUGGCGCGUCCGCGUGUAGCGAGUAGUGACUAUAACGUUGUAGUAACUAGUGUACCUAUCGCGUAGUACGUUGUAGCCGCAUUCUUAAUAUCGCACCGUCGUCGUAUCCAAGUCUUUGCCCGCGAUUCUCUAAAUCACCAAACAAUUUUUCGCGUAUUAAUUUCGUUGCUAAUAUUAUUGUUUUUCGUUAAUCCAAGAUACAUAAAAUUAAAUUAAACACACAUUACAUUAGUAUUGUGAUGAUAUUAAAUCGUACGACGAAAUAGUUGUAGAAAAGAUAUACCUAAACUCGCGCGCGUGUUUGCCUUCGGUAGUUUUGCGCAACAAAUACACAUAUAUAUAUAUAUAUAUUUAUUAUAUAUAAUAUAUUCUUGAAGCGAUUGUGUGUACACGCAAUAACGUAUCUCUCUGCGUUAAUUUGAUUUACGCACAACUCGUUUUACCUGUUUUUACUUUUAUCAUUAUAUUCCUCGACUAGAACGGUCUUUUUGUAUUUUCGUUAUUCCUCCUCCGCUGACUGCAUUAUGACUGACGCAUUUUUUGGCGGUAUCGAAGGGGGAGCAUCGGUUUCUACGGUUGUCUUAACCAAUGGCAACGCAGAUAUUUUAGCUGAACUUAAAGGAGAAGGCACGAACCCAUGGAUUCUUGGAAUUGAACCUUGCUUAUCUCGAGUUAAUGAUUUAAUUAAAGAAGCUCUUAGGAAAGCUGAUCUUAAUGAAAAUACAAAAUUAAAUGGAUUGGGUUUGAGUUUAAGUGGAUGUGAAGAUCAAAUAUUCUGUAAAACAUUUGAAAGUAAAUUAAUAGAAUGUUAUCCAAACCUUACUCAUGAAGUAAUUGUUGUUAGUGAUACGUUGGCACCAAUCGCAUUAGCUUGUGAAUCAGGUGGAGCUGUAAUUAUCUCUGGUACUGGUUCAAAUAGUCUUUUAAUAAAUCCAGAUUCAUCAAUAAAAAGAUGUGGAGGCUAUGGUCAUCUACUUGGUGAUGAAGGCAGCGCAUUUUGGAUAGCAUUCAAAAGUAUUAAAUUAUGCUUGGAUCAUUUGGAAGAUUUUAAUUAUGUUCCAAAUGGUUACUCAAUUGACAGAGUAUGGGAAGCAAUUAAAGAACAUUUUAAUAUUGAUAAAGUUCUAGAUUUGUUGAAUGUGUUUUAUGGUGAAAAAAAAGAAAAAUCAGAAAUAGCUAAAUUGUGUAAAACAAUAUCAGAACUAGCUGAAGAUGGAGAUGAACUAAGUCUGUGGAUCUUUAGUGAAGCUGGAAAGGAGUUAGCAAAGUUUAUACAAUCACUCUACCCGGGUGCCGAUAAAAUGUUACAUAAAGAAAAUGGUGGUCUGCAUGUAGUGUGUGUUGGCUCGGUAUGGAAAAGUUGGGGAUUGCUAAAAGAAGGAUUUAUGAAUCAACUUGAUCAUCAUCACAACUCGCAAGAAACCAUAGUAGAUGAAUUUACCUUAUUGGUGCUUGAAAAGACUGUUGCUUUGGGUGGGGUGUAUCUCAUUGCAAAAAAAUUAAAUUAUAAUUUUCCGUAUGAUUAUGAACAUAACUAUAGAAUACUUUUCCAUUAUGUACAUGAUCGACAAAAUCAAUAAUACAUUAUUUGAAAUUAAAUCAAAAACAAAUUUGGCCGUACCAAUUUAAAAUUUAAUUAAUGGUUAUAAUCAUUUUAUGCCAUUGGAUCUUAGAUUGAUGGUUUCUGCUCAUUUUUUUUAUACUUGUUAUUU